UUAAACAUUAUAUAUUACUCUAACGACCCCCCCUACCUUUUGAUAAGCGUCGGGGGCGCGCGUGUGAGGAGAAGUGGGGUGCGCGCGCUCUCGCUUCCCCGGGCUCGCGCAUCCUGCUCGGUGCUGGCUGGCAGCUGCUGCUGAGGCUGACUGAUUGACUGAGAGGCGGCAGCGGGCGGCGUGUAACCGGCGCCCCCCUCUCCACCGCCCCCUCUGUGUAACGCUGGGCCUCAUCACCCCCUACCCCCUGACAGCACACAGGCGCCGGUGGCAGGGAGAGAGGGGGGCGGCCGGGCGCCGUUAUCUGCCGGUGAAACCGUUAUCAGCCUGGUAGGAUCGCUAGCCGGGGAGGGAGACCCAGCACUGGUGUAUGGACGUGCCUGCGGGCACCGGCCGGGUGAUGUGCUCACAUCUGGGCUGACCUCUCCAGGCUUUGAUUUUGUAAGGCUUAUCUAUUGUACAUUGAAAAGUUGAACCACAAACCUGAGGAAAAUGGCUACUGACUCUGGAGAGCCUACAAGCACAGAUGAGUCUGACAAACCAGCUGGGUUUUCCGUAGAAAAGAACCCGGUCCCUAAGGACUCUUCCCUGACCCAGCAAGCAAGCAUGGAGGAUAGAGAAAAGUCUCUUUCUGCCUCUGGGACCAGUGAAAGAAAGCGCUUCUUUCGUAAGAGUGUAGACAUUACGGAAGAUGAUGGAAUCCUGGAGCAACCCAUCAAAGAGGAGAAGGUCGUGGACUGUGUGGGCCAGCAGCAGCUGGGCAGUCAAAUACCAAAUGCCAUAGAUGCAGGCCAAGAGGGCAAGAAUGAGCCCAAAGUUGUAUCGGAGGCCUCUAAAGAUUCCCCUAGGGAAAAAACUGAGAAAGAAAUGGAAGAGGAGGCAGAAAUGAAAGCUGUGGCAACCUCUCCCAGCGGACGGUUCCUGAAGUUUGAUAUUGAGUUGGGCCGUGGGGCUUUUAAGACGGUCUUCAAAGGUUUGGACACUGAGACUUGGGUAGAAGUUGCCUGGUGUGAGCUUCAGGACCGAAAAUUAACCAAAGCAGAACAGCAAAGAUUCAAAGAGGAGGCUGAGAUGCUAAAGGGGCUUCAGCAUCCCAACAUUGUGCGUUUCUACGAUUCCUGGGAGUCUACUGUGAAGGGGAAGAAAUGCAUCGUCUUGGUGACGGAACUGAUGACGUCUGGCACUUUAAAAACUUACUUGAAACGAUUCAAAGUAAUGAAGCCCAAAGUGUUAAGAAGUUGGUGUAGACAAAUCUUAAAAGGGCUUCAGUUUCUCCACACUCGGACGCCACCCAUCAUUCAUCGGGAUCUGAAGUGCGACAACAUCUUCAUCACUGGACCAACUGGCUCCGUGAAGAUUGGAGACCUUGGUUUGGCUACUUUGAUGAGGACAUCCUUUGCAAAGAGUGUGAUCGGAACCCCCGAAUUCAUGGCCCCAGAAAUGUAUGAGGAGCAUUACGAUGAGUCUGUGGAUGUCUAUGCAUUUGGCAUGUGCAUGCUUGAAAUGGCUACCUCAGAAUACCCAUACUCUGAAUGCCAGAAUGCCGCUCAGAUCUACCGCAAAGUAACCAGCGGAAUUAAACCUGCCAGUUUUAAUAAAGUAUCUGACCCAGAGGUAAAAGAGAUCAUAGAGAGCUGCAUCCGACAGAACAAGAGUGAAAGGUUAUCUAUCAAGGACCUCCUAAUCCACGCCUUCUUUGCAGAAGACACUGGCCUUCGAGUAGAGCUAGCAGAGGAUGAUGAUGGUGUCAACCCAUCACUGGCCCUGAGGCUCUGGGUAGAAGAUCCCAAAAAGCUCAAAGGAAAACACAAAGACAACGAAGCUAUAGAAUUCAGCUUUAACUUGGAUUUAGACAAUCCGGAUGAAGUGGCCUAUGAAAUGGUUAAAUCUGGAUUUUUCCAUGAAAGUGACAGUAAAGCAGUGUCCAAAUCUAUACGUGAUCGUGUGAGCCUCAUCAAGAACACAAGAGACCGGAAGAUGCUGGUUGGAAAUAUAGAGGAUCGCCGUGACUCGCAGAGCAGAGCAGCUGGGGCACCAGUCGUACAGACAGGCACCCCUGUGACUGCUGGCUUUUCCCAAACCGGAGGUAACGAGAGUGAGGAAACAGAAGUGGAUCAGCAUGUGCGCCAGCAGUUACAGCAGCAUUAUCAGCAGUGCUCAUCCGUUACAGCUGAUAGCCGGUCAGAUACAGGGGGAGGGUCAGUCGCAGCAUUGGACAAUUUAAGUCAGCACAGUGCAAUCUAUACUGCUUCUCAUGAAGCAAUAGCUGGACAGCGAAUGUCUGGCAUGCCACAAACAGAAGCCAGUCACAUGGGGCAGUUUUAUCCACAGCAACACGUCAUGGGACACUAUCAGCAGCCACAGCCGGUGCCCAUGCCACAGAUGCUACCGGUGCAGUGCCUGCCUCAGCCUGGCUCUCUGUACCAAUCGAUCAACACAAUGGACGGACAGCUUAAUGCACAGUCUUUAGAUGGACAGUUGGUAUUAUCCGCAGAAGGAAAAACAGUCCCUCACUCAAACACCUUAGAUACUUCAGGGAUGCCAGUUUUGCAGCCAACUCCUUCUGCACUGUCCCCACAAAUAUUGCCUGGACAAAUGGCAAAUCCGCAAACCAGAGCGGGCAUUCAGCUUGACGCUUGUGGGCUGCAAGAUCUUUCUGCUACACCUGGUGAUAAUAAUCAUGUUCCAGCCCUGCUUCCUGCAUGCCACCCAUCCAUAUUACAUCAGUAUGGCGUACAAAACGUGAUGCAUCAGUCCCAGAAUGUGAUGGGAGUCCAGGCUAAUUGUCAGCAACAAUAUCAGCUGCCUGCUGUACAGCAACCAGCUAUGCCGCUCAAAGAUCCCUUAAUGUAUUCAGCAAAUUUACAGCAAGGACAAAACUUCCACGUUCAUUCGCACCCGGAGCAGCCUCAGAGUUCAAUUCCUCAGUCCCCUUACCAAACUCCUCUAGCACAGCAGCAAGUUGUUUUGCAACCAGCCAUGGUUGAACAGCCACCUAAAGUAGUAUACCCCACUGCUGUAGCACAGGAAGCAGUCCUACCAUGUAUGUCGCAACAGUACGAGGCAGAACAUUUGCCAUUUAAUACACAAACAUCAGCUGUCCCUGUGGCUUCUGGGCAAGCACAGCAGACGUUGCCAUCAUCUGUGCAUGAGCAUUCUCCUUACAGCCAGCAUCUGUUGUCACAAAUUCCUGUUCAGCAGACGUCCUGUGAUCUAGAACAGGCUACGUACACCUUGCAGAUGGUUAAGCCUCCUGUACUGGAGCAACCAGCAUUCCCUCAACAUGCUACAACAUCUUCAGAACAGUUGCUUUCCCAGGGAAAUGUUCGACAGAAUCCUGCAGAACAACCUCUUUACAUCCAGAUUCCUUCCAUGGAAGCGUAUGGACAGCAAUCUGUUGCAACCCCUGACCAGACUGUGUGCCCUCAGAAAACUGUUGCUCCCUCUGACCAGACCAUGUUUGUGCGACAAACUGCUCUCUUACCAGAGCAACUAAUGUACAAUCAGCAAAUAUUGCAAACUUCAGACCACUUGUGCUAUGUACACCAAACUUUGCCUGUGUCUGAACAGUUCACACACACCCAACACGAUAGAGUAGCUCCUGAUCAUAUAUAUUACCCUCGGCAAACUAAUUACUCAGUUGAACAGCCACAUCACUCUUUAUUAGCUGAUAAGCCUGUAUAUUCACAGCAAGCUACAUCAACUGAUCAGCUCGUGUAUGUACAGCAGACUGCAUCAACUGAGAAGCCAGUGUAUGUACAGCAGACUGCAUCAACCAGGGAGCCUGUGUAUGUACAGCAGACUGAAUCAACUGAGAAGCCAGUGUAUGUACAGCAGACUGCAUCAACCGGGGAGCCCGUGUAUGUACAGCAGACUGCAUCAACUGAGAAACCAGUGUAUGUACAGCAGACUGCUUCAACCGGGGAGCCCGUAUAUGUACAGCAGACUGCUUCAACCGGGGAGCCCGUAUAUGUACAGCAGACUGCUUCAACCGGGGAGCCAGUAUAUGUACAGCAGACUGCUUCAACUGAUCAGAACAUGUAUGUCCAGCAAACUGUACCAUCAUCUGAAAAGCCAGAGUAUGUCCAUCAAACUCUGUCACCAGCUGAACUGCUACUGCAAGCAAAGCAAGCUGUACCAUCUGAUCAAGCUAAAUAUGUCCAGCAAGUUAUUCCACCAGCUUGCCAGCCACUGUAUGUGCAGCAAAUGAUUCCACCAACUGAGAAACCAGUGUAUGCUCCACAAACAGCGCCGUUACCUGAACAGCAACCAGUAUAUGCACCGCAAGUCGUACCGCUAUCCCAACAGCAGCCCUUGUGUUCACAGCAAGCUGUGGCACUACAUGAGCAGCAGUCGGGUGGUGUUACAUUACCGGAGCAGCAGUCGGUAUUACAGGCAGUUUAUGCCCAGCAAUGUGUUCCUUCACAACUUGAGCAGCAGCCUUUGUACUCCCAGCAUGGGGGUCCACAACCUGAACAGCCUGUGUAUGUCCACCCUGGGGUUGCACCGUUGGAGCAGACCGUUUAUGCCCAGCAUGGAUGGCAACAUUUGGAGCAGACCAUGUAUGCUCAACAAGGUGGGCCUCCAUCAGGACAUACCAUGUAUGCCCAGCAUGGGGGUGCACCAGCAGAGCAGCCUGUUUGUGCUCAGCAGGGCGGGUCACUGUUAGAGCAGCCUAUUUAUACCCAAGCUGGGGGUCCAUCGUCUGAGCAGGUUGUGUAUGCCCAGCAUGGGGGUCCACCAUUAGAGCAGACUGUAUAUGCACAGCAUGCGGUGCAACAAUUGGCGCAAGCAGUGUUUGCCCAGCAUGAGGGGACACCAUCGGAGAAGACUGUAGGUUAUAUGGACAGACCUGUGAAUUCACAGCAAGCUCCCAGUGAUCAACUUUUAUAUCACCAUGAGGCAGUUUCAUCAAGUGAACAGAAAUAUUAUCAACAAACCGUUCCACCAUCUGACAAUCUAGUUUAUGUCCAGACAUCUCAACAAGUGUGCAGUCAACAAGUAACUCCUCCAGUUGACCACCAAGGAUAUCCACAGUCUGCUAUACAGCAUGUAAAUAAUAAAUACCUAAUAACCACUGCUGACCAGCUCACAUUUACACAGCCUGCCGUGCCUGUGGCUGAGCAGCGUGGGCAUAUGAAUAGGCCACUUUCUCCAGCUGCUCAGCCAGUUUAUGCGCCUCAAGCAGUCGCUGCGGUCGACCAGUCAUACCAACAACAGACUGCUACUUCUGCUGAUCAACAGUUAUAUACCCAUAAUGCAGUUUCCCAGUCUAACCAAUCUAUUUACAUGAACCAAACUAUGCCCCCCACUCAUCAACCUUUAUACGCACCAAUGCAGCACACGCCUCCUUCAGAGAAUACCGUGUUGUACAGCCACGGAGUACCUGCUACUUCUGUUCAUUUAAAUUUGCCGCCUUCAGACAGACCUGUAUAUGUUCAGAAUACAUUACCUUCAUCAGAACAGUUGGCUAACAUGAUGCAUGCGAUACCGACUGUAGAGAAGCCAGAUUGCAGUGAACAGCCAGCGAAUCUUUAUUUACAGAAAACUUUGACUCCACCACAAGACCACAGACCAGAACUGCACACUGAAAACCAUGUAUAUGUGCAACAAUCUAUUCAAUCUCUGGAUAAGCAAGCCCCGUUAAAGUCGGAUGCAGAUCAAAAGCAGAUGGAUAUCCAUCAGAUCUCAUUGUCCUCUGCGGGGUCACAGCCCACAAAUCAGGCUUUUGCGCAGUCCGGAGGGCUGAGUCAGCAGUUCUCUGCUCCACCUUUUAAUGCACAAACACUGUCUAGUGUCCCUGAGCUAGGUCUGAGCGGUCAACCCUUGCCUGUCCAAAAUCAAUCAAAUGGCCACCAAAGUAUUAUGCAUGUUAGUGCUCCCCUAGCUUCUCAGGAGUCAUUGCUUCAAGUUAAACAUGACCAGCGUCCACCUGUGCAAACACAUGAGCAACAGAUUUCUGAUAGUUUGGACCUUGUGCAAGGAAUUCCUUCUGUAUCUCACAACAAAGAUGCCUUGCCUCAGAUGUUUUAUCAAGGUCAAGCCCAGCCUGCUUUACAGCAGCUAGCUCCAGCACCUAUUUUACAGCAGCAACUUCCUCUCCAUCCUGAUAGCCAUCAAUCUUCACAACCGGCUGGCUAUCUUAAUCCCAUUUCACAAUCGGCCUGCUCAACUGUAACCGGCUUAACAGAGACGACCGUUCACCAGGAUGCUUACCAACUUCCUGCUGUAGGUGCAGUGGCCCAAAGCCAAUUGUAUCAGUCGGACGCAGAGUUUCAGCAGGCAUAUGCGGCAGAACAGUCUGGUGCUCAGAAAUUGGACUCUGUUCACAGUGCUUAUGGUGACUUUGCCAGGGACAAUGCUGGUGUUCUUGAUGGUCCUCUUGGAAAUGGCAAGCAUGAAAAGAUGAAGCAACGUAGAGCUUCUUGCCCCCGGCAAGAUAAAAUGAAUCGAUUUAACUUGUGCUUCUUAGGGGUGUCGCACUAUGGCGAUAACAUGGUGGAGUGCCAGCUGGAGACUUAUAACAACAAAAUGGUUACUUUCAAGUUUGAUGCAGACGGAGAUGCUCCUGAGGACAUUGCUCUUUACAUGGUUGAAGAUGACUUUGUGCUUGAAGCAGAAAAGGAGAGGUUUGUAGACGAGCUGAAGCUAAUUGUAAGUCAGGCUCAGGAAAUACUCCGCAAGAUUCCAGCUGAGGAGAGAGCAGAAUUUGCACCAUCUGAAUCUAGCAACCAAACUGGGGCAUCUGAGCAUGUGCAGAUAGCGGUGCCUGUAUCUGCUCCAACAGGAGGGGAAUCAGGACCGCAGUCCUCACCAGUUGGUCGCUGGCGAUUAUUCAUCAAUCAAACAAUAAGAAACAGAGAAGCUCAGUCUUCAUUUGUCACCCAGCCUGCAGUUAUCAAAGUUCCUCCGCAUUCUACAGGACCACCUAUGGAACUGGCAAGCAAUAGUCUACCUGAGGACUCUUAUAAUUUUAAGGACAACUGUUCCCUUCAGCCAGAAAACACUGCCCCCUCUACAUCAGCAGAUUGCCCGGUUUCUACCACAGAAACUGUGCCCCCGACAGCUCAUGUGGAAAAUGGUAAUGAAAUCUUGUCCCCUCCUGUUAGUAACAUUGGCUCUCCAGCUAUGCAGGUUCAGACAGAGCCUGAGAUCCAUGGCACAAAUGUAGCUGUAACAGAAGGUCAGCAGCCAGGCUUUCACCUUUGUAGUGAUCAGGAUGCUCAGGUAACAAAUGGUAUGGGUCAACCAAGUUCUGGUCAAAACACCACUGGUCUGUCCCUUGGGCUCUCUCUGUCAGACAACGUCACACCUUCAGAUGGAACCAUUUUACCACAGACACCAGUCUUAGAAGCUUCACUAGUGCACUCUGCUUCAAUACAAGAAUCUGACAAUGAAGGGCCUCCCAAAAUAGAAUUUGUCGACAACCGUAUCAAAACGCUGGAUGAAAAAUUGAGGACCUUAUUGUAUCAAGACAGCUCUGCUAGUUCCUAUGCCGACAGUCAGAAGGAGACGCAGAGUACCGAGUCCCCUUUGUCAUCAUCUGCUGAGGAUACCCUAUCCUGUCCUGCCCCUGACGCAGCAAAUGUGAAUUCCAGCAGUAUUCAGGCCACUCCAGAGGAGGCAGAACCUAUUGAUUCACUGGCAGUUAAAGCUCCUGAAGCUGUCAUUGCGGUGCCUGGUGAAUUAACGCCGUCUGAAAGUUCUGAAGAUGCCUGGCAUCCUGGAAGUUCUUCUCAUGCCUGCACCAAGCGCACUCUGGGCACCGGAACCGCUCAUCUACAGACAGGAGCCGAAGAAGAUGGCACUAGGCGGGAAGUACUUGAUUCCACACAAAGGGUUGUAGAAGCGCUGGCUGAAUGUGCCUUGUCUGAGGUUAACUCAUCUGGAACCAGUGCCUUCAAACGUGGACGCUUUCAGGUGGUUACAGUUCCACAGCAAGAACAAUCCACUGCUGCUGAUCCUACAAGUGUUCCUCCCACAUCCCUGCUAACGGAAAAGCCUCUCUCUGUAGAAGAAACUGCAACCACCAGAGCUGAGGAUACCCCGCCGUCUGCCAGUACAACAUGCGAGACAGAUGCAUCUUCUCUAACUCCUGACCUGGAACUAGACGAAAUGUCUGCCACUGGCAGCAGUGCUCCAUCCAAUUCUGUACUGUGGAUGAAAGAUAACAAGAAGCAGAGCAACUUUUCCAAGCAGCCCAGUAGUGACUCUGAAAUGUCUACAGCUCCUGGCAAAGACCAUGAAUUUAAAGUCAGAGAGGCUGAACCAAACUCCCAAGGAGAAGCUUUUUCUCAAAAGCAGUACCCCCUCAUCUAUUCUCCAUCCUCUCCUAUGAGCAGUGAUGAUGAGUCAGAAUUAGAAGAUGAGGACUUGAAGGUGGAACUGCAGAGACUUCGGGAGAAGCACAUUCAGGAGGUGGUGACGUUACAGGCCCAGCAGAACAGAGAGUUACAGGAAGUGUAUGCACGCUUGAGGUGUUUGAGAGAGUGCAAAUCAGAGCCCUUUGAUGGCACGUCUCAACCGAUGUCCCCACGUCGUCCCAGGUCUCUAAAAAGUAAACAGCGGAGUAGACCACAGUCUCUGACCCACAUGGACAAUGGCAUUGGACAUUCAGACCACCAGUGCAGUGAGAGUAACUCUGAUGCCUGCCAGCAGUCAGUCUCUGGGAAGAAGAGCAUGUUCACAGAUGAUCUACAUAAGCUGGUUGAUGACUGGGCUAAGGAGAAUGCGGGCAACUUACAUCUGAGACAGAGCCUGAAUCAGAUCAAACAGAACCAGAACCGCCCAGAACCAGACAGCUGGAAUCGGGUUCAUGAGGCAUCAUCUGGCACCUCAGGCUUCCCAUCCGCUUGGGCUCCCACACUAUCUCAGAUUCACGGGACUGUUCCAGCUGCUAUCUCUCCAUCCCUUGUACUCCCCAAUUUUUCAUCCGGAGGAAUUCCAUCGUACCCAGUACCGCAUGCCUGCCAAUUCAGUGGAAUGGGCAGUACUGGUUACUCAGUACAGUGGUCUAACCAGUCAUCAGGCCUACCUGCACAGCAUCUUGCGACAUACCAGGCUGGGAUUGGAAUGCAAGCCUUUCCUACGGCUUCAGCUCAGAAAGCGGCUACCAUCCCAUCAUCUCCUAAAUGAUCCCUGCACCUGCCGUUAGACUGUUCUCUGGGAUCUUACUGUGUUUUCUCUUUAGUUGUUUCAGCUCUUUGAUCAAGGGUUGGUUUUGAUGCAAAGGAUGUGCGGUUAUUUUCCUCCCCUCUCGCUGGGGAUAUAUAUAUAUAUAUUAUUAUUUUUUUCUAUGUGCUGUGAAAAUUGGGUUUAAAUGUACCCUAACUGAUACAGCUAGUCACUGAUGAAGUCAUUUAACUUUUGUACAUUUUAACAUUUGAAAAGAAAACAAAUAUUUGAGGGAAUUCUCGGUGCCAUACAGGCUAAUGAAUGUGUCCCAGCCUACAAAAUGAAACUGCAGCCAAGCAAAUAAUGCUGUGAAAGGGUAAUAUUUCACGUGUGGCUGUAUCCUCCAAACACCACCCCAGCCUUUGUACAUGGCUGCGCGCACAGCACAACCAUUUCCUUUCCAAAACAAGUUUUAUGGCGGCUUCUUCUGUGUUGUCCCAGGUUUUAGCAACAAUCUCCCAGAAAUCUUCUCUUUCAUUUCGGUUCUAUAUAAAGCAGAACUUUUUACUGGUGGUGCACUAUUCUGCCUUUGUUUUAUGUUGUUGUUUUUCCUGUUUAGUAGCAUGUGAUGCCACGAAUGCCCCACAGCCGUGGCACGCAUCACAUGCUCCAGUAACAAAAUGUGAACAGUUUAUGCUGUAGUGAAACGUUAAGUUCGUAACAUGCUCUACACUGUCAAACAGUCGCCUGGUUUAUGUUGUACAUUUGCCUUUCUUCAGUGACUUAGCUUUUUUUUUCCGCUCCAAAGCCCGGGAUACUUGAUUUGUUCAGAUGUUGUUAGGCCUUGGAAUGGAGUACACUUGUUACGGCUUCUCCGGCUCUUUGCCUGCAUGCAUUACCCCCCCAGUACCUUUUAAUAAAGAGGCCUUGGGGCUUCUGUCUUUAGCACAACUGCUGCUUCUGCGCUGCCUGCAGACUCGUGCUGUGCCUUGGGGGAUAGUGGACAUCCUGUCGUCUCUGAAUUCCAUAAGCUGACAGCUUUGCGUAUAGCUGCACUUUACAUCGCAAUGUACAGGUGAAGACGUUUUAAGUUAAACUUGUAGAUAAGUUUUUAUACUUGAAUAGUUUUUAUUGUUUCCGUUACAUACCCUUUUUCCACCCAUUUUGAUUUUUUUUGUUUUAAUGAGGGCUAUAUAAGCAAACACGCAAGACCACAUUGCAAUAUGUAUUCUAAAAUAUUAUUACCCCAGUUUGUAACCCUGCCUUUCAUGAAAUAAAUGGGAACAUGACUGAAGGACAAACUGCUGUUUUAAAAGAUUAAUCCAGAUAAUAACCUAAAUAUUUUGUAUCAUUUAAUGUGCAAAAUAAUUUGGUCAGUCAUAAAUAAGAGUUCUCCAGUGUAUACUGUGCUUGUAUAGUAAAUAUCUCUAAACACCUCUAAAAUGCACUAUGAGGAGUGUGGUUAGACCGUGCAUGUAUUAGGCAUUGGGACUGCACCACAGCUCAUGGCUACGACGGCUUCUAAGUCUGAGCAAUAAUUGUAACGUAGCAUGUUCCAUAUUAGCUUCUACAUUAAUCGGGAACUGUGCAAGGAUAUCAAAAUUCAUUCUGGAUUUAUCAUAAACCUUCUAGGUGGCUGUCAUUUGGAAUCAGCAGGAUAUUUAAGAUUGGAGUAAUUGAUAGUUUCCCUAAGACUGUAAGUCCUUAUAUUCACAUCCCAAGGAUAAAUGGUUAUUUACAUUUGAGUUAUAUUGCUCUUUAGUUAUCUUGUUGCACUGUGGAUAUGAACACAGUUUGGUAGAAUGUAUUAUUUCACCUUUUUGUUUUUCUGAAGUGACAAUGUUUUGUUUUUUUCUUUUAAUCUACCUCGUUUUGUAGUGCUCAUCUACAGUUUUGCAUCAGACGGGGUCUUCCUUUGUCUUUUGCCUUCCUUUCUGUUCUUCCUUUUAAUUAGUAAACUAGAACGUAAGACAACUGAUUCCUCUGUAUCUGCAAUGGCCUUUAAGCCAUGACACGUAACUGAUGCAGAUGAAGAGAAGAUCGAGAAUGGCUUGGAUAGCUCUCGUACUUCUGUUACUUCCAUGAAUUACAGCAUCCUAGGGAUUUAUUCCUGUGUAUUGCAUUCUAGUCUGUUAUGCUCUGAUGCAGCUUUCCUUGCCCUGUUUCAUAUGAGCUAUGAGGAUACCCCCAAUAUAUAUUUUGUGCAUUGAAGAUCUUCACUUGGGAGUGUCUGCACUUUUUAGUUUAUAUAUUUAACGAAGAUUCCUAUUUGCAGUUUGUUUGGAUUCCCAUCACCUUCUCCUAUAAUAAAGUCUCGUCGGGAAUCGUGGCAUCAGUGUAUCAGCAGCAUUUGCAAAGGUGAAGAUCAAUUCCCGUAAAACCCUUAAAUGGAAGUGACAGUGCUCGAUAUAUAGUGUUCUCUCCCCAUCAUAUAGUUUAUUCCGAUCUUGAUCUUGCCUAUCAGUAUAUUUACACAGUUGCAAUCCAGUAUAAGAAACACUUUGCUUUUAAAUUCCUGUCGAUUUUUAGUGAGUCUUCUCUCAAAUUAAGCCUUGCACAGAUGGCCGUGAAUUAUAAUGUAAUAUAAGUUGACGGUGUAACAGCUCACUAGAUUGUGUUUGUGGUUGGCAGCUGUAUAUUGCCAAAGGGUCAUCACACACGGUUACUUCUGCUGCAUUUGUACUGUGCAUGUAUUAUUUCACUCGGAGAUCUGAUAACACUUUCUGUUGUCCAUUUGGUCAGUUCUGUUCUAAGCUAGUUCAACUCUCAGUCUGGAAGGCAAAGAUUUAAGGUGUCCGUUUUUAGUAUGUCUGAGCCUGCUCCCAUGUGGAUGUGCCAUAAUGACCUAUGCUGUUGGUGAAUGUUAAAGUGUUGCAAAUACAGGAAAACGAAAUGGGUUAAUGCUUCUAAACAUCUAGAGUUGACUCAUUUUAAAUAGAUUACAGCAAAGCCAGGAUUUUAUCUGUGAUUCAACAAGAUAUGGAAGGGGGUCGCUCACUUCUAACUGAUUUGCCUCAAGCUAUUCAGUUUCCCUAAAAUUGGAGUGCGUUAGUUCAGCUUCAUUGAAAAAGCCUGGGCAGCUUUUGAGCGAUCAGAGCUGUGAUGUUACACGGGGUGACAUGGUCCCUGUAGGUAAUGUGAUGUGUCCCAGACAAGGGGCAGAUGA